AUGAUGCCAAGGAUAAUGCCGAUGACAGAAAAUAUAUCGCUGUGUUUGUUAGCAGUGAAGGUUCAGUGCCUAGAAGAAUGGAAUCUCGUAGUGCAUGGUCGCGUGCAGACCAACCAGUGAUAGAAAUCGGAGACCUUAGCGAGAAAGAAUCAAUGGAAUAUCUAACCGACAAGCGCAAGAUCGACUCUGUAGUGGCAAAAAAACUAUAUGAUUUAGUAGGUGGACGCAUCGAAGAACUGAAGGCCACGGCCGAUAAAUUCCUGGCUGGACAAUCCUUCGAAGUCAUUAAAGAGUCAAUCCUAACUAAAGUCGAGAAGAAAUUUGAUUCCGCAAAACUCCUUCCUGAUCAAGCACAUCACGAAGCAGUAAAGCGUGUUAUCGGUGCAUUGCUUGAGUCGAACGAGAUUAAUACUGGUGUAUUUAGAAAAUUUAUCGGUGAUGAGAAAUUCGGUGAAGUUUUAGGAGCUAAUGUGUUUGCAUAUCAUCCAUCAAGAAAUACGGUCAUAAGACUUUGCAUGGGAGAAAUCGCUCAGGGAUCCAAAGCCCUUGACCAAGUCAAAAUGAACGGAUACAUUACGGCUAAAUGA